AUGAACCUGGGCGGACGCAAACCGAUGGUGGCACUUUGGCACCUCGUGGUCAUCGCGGUCUGUGUCUCGUGGCAGGCAACGAAACGGGAGCUUGGUGUUUGCUCGUCGUCAUCUACCAAGCUCGCCAUCCUCCAGUUUUGCUUUUCUGCCUUCGCCCUCGUGGCUUCUGCCUACGCCCUCACACCUCCUGUCAAGCCCUACUUCUGGCAGCCUUCCUCUGCUAUAGUCUUGCCGGCCCUCAACUUGACCGGCAACAUCUCCCCAUUCACGGGCAAUAAUGCCAGCUUCAACGCCCCGUGGUAUACUCUCAACCAAGCUGGCCAUUCUGUCCGGAUAACCGGCGGCAGCCUUAUCUCUUUGGCGGACGCGAACAUCACCAUGCCCCUCCUCUCAGCUACCAAAUAUACGCAGUGGAUCGAGUUCGCUGUCACCAGCGACGGCAUCGUCGAAUGUCCUCACUCCACCUUCCGCGCUGGUGUUGCUAUCACCCAAAAUCUCACCUCGAACACCGCCCCCCAAUACUACACCUUCUACACCACGCAGAUUGGGGGUCAAUUGUACACCCGGAGUUCGAGGUUCUCUCCGGCGACGAAAUUGAUCAUUGCCAAUUCGAGCAAGUCGGGUAGGGUCGAGCUCUACAACGGGACGACCAAGGCCUUCUGGAAUCAAGACGUCAACGAUAUCAUAUACCUGCGCUGUGCUUGA